UAACCAGCUGGGAAACGACGGUAAAGCAACAUGGCGGCGCCCGUACGAGGCUUGCAGUGUGCUCUGAAAAAAAGUACUGUACCACCGUUAGUCGUGAUUUUAGGAGCAACCGGUACUGGGAAGUCUAAACUGGCGAUUGAAAUUGGUAAACGACGUCAGGGAGAGAUAAUCAGUGCCGAUUCCAUGCAGGUGUACCGUGGUCUGGACAUCAUAACCAAUAAGGUGACGGCUGAGGAGCGUGCCCAGUGCAGGCAUCACAUGAUCAGCUUCGUGGAUCCCCUGGUCAGCAGCUAUACUGUGGUGGACUUCAGGAACAAGGCCCUGGCGCUCAUAGAGGACAUGUACAGCAGAGAGAAGCUGCCUAUCAUAGUAGGAGGAACUAACUACUACAUAGAAUCACUGCUGUGGAGAGUACUGAUGGAUAAAGGGCAGGAGAAUGAAGGAGAGGGGAAGGAUGGUGGGUCUCCUGAUAGGAAGGCAGAGCUGGAGAAACUGGGCGGGGCUGAGCUCCACAGGAGACUGACGGUGGUCGAUCCUGAAAUGGCCUCCAUGCUGCACCCUCACGACACGCGCAAGAUGGCCAGGAGCCUACAGGUGCAUGCGGAGACAGGCGUGCCUCACAGCCAUUGGUUGGAGGAGCAGAGAGGGCAGGAGGGGGGAGAUGGGCUGGGGGGGCCACUGAGGUACCCAGACCCCUGUAUCUUCUGGUUACACGCUGACACAGAGUCCAUAGAUGAGCGCUUGGACAGGCGUGUGGAUGACAUGCUGUCGACAGGCCUGAUAGCCGAGCUCCGGGAUUUCCACCUGAGAUUCAACCAGCAGAAGAUUCAGGACCAGAGUCAGAACUACCAGCACGGUAUAUUCCAGUCUAUAGGUUUUAAGGAGUUCCAUGAAUACCUGACCUGUCCUGAUGAGACUACACAGGAGGACAGAGACACGCUCAGGACCAAAGGUGUAGAGAAUCUGAAGAUGGCUACUAGACGGUACGCCAGGAAACAGAAUAAAUGGGUCCGUAAUCGCUUCCUCAAGAGACCAGGGGACAACGUCCCAGCAGUGUAUGGUCUGGAUGUGACUGACGUGUCAGAGUGGGAGGAGACUGUCCUAAGCCCCGCCCUACAUAUACUGGAUAGCCUUACUAAGGGGGAGCGGCCUGCAGUUGAGCCAAUAAAAGUGGAGGGGGCAGGGCAGAGGAACAAGCGAAGCCGUCACGCCUGUGAGCUGUGUGACAAGGUGAUCAUCGGAGACCUGGAGUGGACAGCCCAUCUCAAGUCUAAGAAACACCACUAUCACGUGAGGAAGAAGAGGAAGUCUGAACCAGAAUCUGAACCAGCCAGCGACCAGCCCCAGGGGACUACUCCACCUCCCACCCCCACUACAGACGGCCCUACCCUGGGUAAACCCACUACUCUAGCCCCUGGCUCAGCUGAGGCCUGUGGAGAACCAGAUUCCCCAGGUACCAGUCCUACUGAGAAAGAAUCCCCUGUUCUAUAGGAGAGGAGUGCUUCACUAUAAGGCCCUAUAAUCAGUAUUGCCAAAAUACUUCCAUAGUCCUCUUCGUCCCGGGGGGACAUAAUGCAGCAACAGUCUUCUCUCCCUGGAGUCUUUUUAGCCUCAUCUUGUGCCCUGCUUGUCGAAUUGACUCCUGUUAAAUCAAAAAAUAUCUAAAGGAAAAUGGAACAAUCAAGGAAAAGUGCCUUUUUUUAUGGAUUAUCUGAGGACAACACUGAGCCCAGGGAUAUGUCGGUUUCUUGAUGACAUCAUCACUAUGACAUCGGCACUCAUGUCUAUGACGUCAUCAUUGUGUGACUCAAGUUCAUGGAUUGGUCGGUUUAGUUCAUUGGACUCUGAGCUGAAGUUGAAUCCUAUUGUGACGUAACUCUGAAAAUGGAAUCUUAGUUCAUGUUUUCAACAGGGUUCCUGACUUUUUUGGGUGCCUUCAAUAAAGACCAACCUUCUCCGUUCUUGUCAGUUUUGUCGUCUUGUUAGCCGUCUUCCUCCACGCUGUCUGUCACUGGUGUGUUUCUAACGAGAUGUACGCGUGUCUGCCUUGUAACUAUUGUAAUUAAAGAUACAUUUUUUAAUGACUUCA